UGUUCUUUCAUCUAAUCUCGAUUCCGCCUUCCUGCCGGUUUGAAGUUGUUCACGGGGUCGGCAGCCGCGAUUAACAGUGCGGUGCGUGCAAAUACCGACUAAGGCAUCAUGGGAAGGAUUUUUGAAGAUUUUCUGAACAAAGCUCUGUGAACCCUCAACCUUUGCCUUGUUGUUUGCUUUGGUAUUGUUUCAGCUUUUUUUGCGACUAUAUUUUUAUUUUUCUAAAAAUCUUUCUUGCUCACUUAUUUUACUGCACUUUACUGUUUACUGUUUUUUUUUUUUAAAAAAAACUAACAUCUGAUCUUGUCAAUAGUAUAAAAUGAUCACAUAUCAGUGGCAAUGCUCGUGCCUGAACUGCUUAUCCCCACAAGGGUCGCAAAAUUGACCGGUCGCCUCCCAUUCGAAGUGCUGUAUAAAAAUUGAAAACCACCUCAAAAAGGACAUCUUGAGACGCAUCGAAGCCCCGCCGUUCAAUCGGGACUGUAUUUGAUACUCCCUUUAAUACAUAAUUGAAUAUAUAUGGAACAGGAUGGCAGCAAAGCACUACUUUAGUCUAAAUGAAGCUCCUCAAUUCAUUUCAACAUUACUCCAAUACUUUUAUUGCACUAAAAGAGAUACUAGGUCAGUUUUUCAGUGAAGUCCAGAAAUCCAUCCAUCCAUUUUCUGUUGACGCUUAUCCUCACGAGGGUCGCGGACAGUGCUGGAGCCUAUCCCAGCUGUCAAUGGGCAGGAGGCGGGGUACGCCCUGAACUGGUCGCCAGCCAAUCGCAGCGCACAUGUAGAUAAACAGCCGCGCUCACAAUCACACCUACGGGCAAUUUAGAGUGUCCAAUUAAUGUCGCGUGUUUUGGGGAUGUGGGAGGAAACCGGAGUGCCUACCCGUAGAAAACCCACGCGGGCACGGGGAGAACAUGCAAACUCCACACACGUGGGUCCGGGAUUGAACCCGGGACCUCAGAACUGUGAGGCCAACACAAAAAGAAAAAGAAAAAGUGAAAUGUGGGACACACUAUAUAUGAUCAAUAAAUCAAGAAAAUACAGCUAUACGUAAUGAAAAUACUACUAAUUUUUUAAGGGGGAUUUAAUGAUCAUUCUUGAAUGUGGCUAUAAAGUAAAAAUCAAAAAUUUCACGUGGGAAUAAUAAAUUCAAUUGAGUUUCCUUUCCAUUCCUAAUCAAGGUAACAUACUUAACGAUCAGAGACGGCCGACUAUUAUGAUUUGAUAUGAAGUCUUGCACCAUUUUUUUUCCACUUCAAUGUCAUAAGCAUAAAGCAUCUGUGUAGCAAAGACUUUUUUUUUUUUUUUUUUGUCUGGAGCAACAAAGCCUGACAUCAUUGGCCGUGUUUGGAAGGAGAUAAGGCCGCUCGUACGGCUGACAGCUGCGCCUCGGGACUCGCGUGCACUAUGUACUCAACUUGGGUUGAUUAUUAUUUAUUAUUAUUAUAAUUUUUUUUUUUUUACUUGCUACAUUGCGCGGCUCAACCUCGUGAGACUCACUUUCAGCCGACCUAUUCAAACAAAUACAAAUGUUUCUUUUUGCUCUGCUUCUUGCCAGGUGUUCACAUGUGCAUCCACUUAUUACACUUGCCUUACAUACAUAUUUACAAAAAAAAAAAAAAUCAUUUUUUUUUUUUCCCCCCCAAUUGCACGUGGCGCAGCUUGCACAAGUGAACCGAGCACAUUAUGUUUGCUCUUUUUCCUUUAACAUUCUGCCCCCCAGGCCUCAACCGUCUCAGAGCGUAGUGAAUGAAAAGCUCUUGAAAAAAGAACUACGAGAACCCUGAUGUGCUCUAGUAGUGUAGAAUGCGCGCACACGCACGCUGGAGGGAUUCAAGCUGCUCAACAACGCGUCCUGACACCGACAGGUGACCUACAACUUCGGGCAACAGCGCCGACUCUCUUCCGCCGAGUCCAGGACCCGGAACGGACCGUGAUUGUACACUUGAAGCCAUCGCUUCAUUGUUGCAUGCGUGUGCGUGCAUGCGCGGCUGCUGCCCACGGCGAUGCUCUAGAAUGGACGACGCCGAAUAUAAAUCAGGUGACUGAACAGGAAGGGGUUUCUUCCCGGACAAGCCCAGAAGAUUGUGUCAUGCCCACGCCUACAGAACACGCACACGCACACCAGUAUUUGCCAGCCAGCCUCCGCACAGUCCAGACCGACUCACUGACUGGACCCUCCUCGGAGUGCUCGUCUCAUCUCCGUCAGGACGAACCACGACCGUAUUUUGUUGUCCUUGUGGGAUUCACUGUGGCGCUUGUAAACAUUUCGGGAAGCGGGAAUUUCAUUUUGCCGAUGCCGAGGAGCGCGAGGGCAGGCGACGCGCUUACCAUGUGGAUCCCGACCCCCGGCAUGACCCGACCUCAGCGGCUGGUGCUGUACGGGACGUGCGCGCUGGCCCUGCUGAACUCCGUCGGUCUCCUGGUGCUCCUGCUCCAGCAGGACCGCCAGCACGUCGUCCUGGAGCGGACGGCGGCCAGGCUGACCGAGGUGGAGCAGAGCUCAGUGGUGGAGUUCCUCCGGGAGGUGCCCCGAGAACGGGCGGCGGCGCAGAUGGCUGCCGGGAAAACUCAGUACGGCUACUCCAGGAACAAGAGGAGCGAGGCGCUCGAGCUGGAUGAGGAGCAGGAGAAGGCGUUGGAGGCGAUGCGGGAGACCCACGCGGGGACGGAUGAGGACCAGGAGACGGAGCGGGAGGUCGACCACCAAGUCCCGGUGGAAACCGACACGGAGCCCGAGCAGCCCCAGAAGCACGAGCGACAUCGUAAUCAUCGUUACAGCAAGGAGUACGUGCAGGAUGACAUGAUGAUGAUGCUCACCUACUCCAUGGUGCCGAUUAAAUUGUUGAUGGACAUCUGUAACAGCACCAAAGGAGUCUGCAUAGCCGGGCCCCCGGGACCACCCGGUUUGCCCGGUGCAGACGGCUUGCCCGGCGCCAACGGGACGGACGGAAUUCCGGGACCGGACGGGCCUCCGGGAGCUGACGGUAAACGAGGAAAAAGAGGACUGCCGGGUGACAAGGGAGAACCGGGAGAGCCCGGCCCCCCCGGGCAAGACGCCCGACCGUCCAACGACGUCAUCGUCGAGGGUCCUCCUGGACCCCCUGGGCCGCCUGGCCCCCCUGGACCUCCAGGACCUCAGGGGCCCCCGAGGAUAAGGCACCAUAGAGCCCACCUGCAGGCGGCUCAGACCAUGGAAGAAGCAUUAUAUUCAAUUCCAAACGAUGAGACUUCGCUUGUGAAGGCUUACAGGAAACUCCACCAGAAGCCGCCAAAGAGGAGCGAGUGCCUGAUAAAGUCUCUGGUCAACCCCAGAAACGUGACAAAGAUGGAAAGCACGUUCGGCACCUGGAUGAAAGACACCGCCGCGCUCAACGACCAACGCGUAUGGGUGGCGGAGCACUUUUCAGGUCGCGUGCUGAGGGAGUAUCAGAGCGUCGCGGCGUUGCGGCACAACGGCAGCGACGAGGUCAACGUUCGCAAGUUCUACCAGGGGUGCGGUCACGCCGUGCACAACGGCUCCUUCUACUACCAGAUCGCUGGCACGUCCAGCAUCGCCAGAUUUGAUCUGGCCACCAAGAAGCUCCGCACGCUGACGGUGGAUAACGCCCUGUACCACAACCUGGCCUACCUGCUGGACAACUCCAAGACGUACUUCAAACUGGCGGCGGACGAGAACGGCCUGUGGCUGAUCUUUGCGUCCGCCGCGGACGAGAGCGUGGUGGUGGCCCAGCUGGACCAGAAGACCUUCUCCAUCACCUCCUCCAUCAACACCACGUACCCCCGCACCAAGGCCGGCAACGCCUUCAUCGCCUGCGGGGUUCUGUACGUCACGGACACCAAGGACGCCAGGGUCACUUUUGCGUACGACCUGCUCAAGGGCAAACCGGUUAACGUGACCUUUGACCUGAGGCCUCCAGGCGGAGUCCUGGCAAUGCUGUCCUACAGCCCCAAGGACAGACAUCUGUACGUGUGGGACAACAACUACGUCAAGCUCUACGUGGUCCGCUUCCUUUCCGAUGAGUAACAUUUCAUAACCAAACCGGACUUUUUGAAAAAUGUAUUUCGAAGUGUAGUUAUUUGCACUCGGAAAUACACGCAAAAAGGCCCUUUGGAUUAAAUGAUCAAACUGUACACAUGAGGUGGCUUAAACAUUUUCAGAGUUGUAUAUUCUUUAUCCUCUGCAUCAAACGACCACGACUGUAGUUUGAUCAUUCAUUUAUAGUCGUGACAUUUAUUUUUUGUGUCCCACUCGGUCCCCCGGUAGCCAAACAGCACAACAGAAGUAAUUAAUUUAAUCACGAUGCGCACACUGUGACAUUCUUUACUUGAAAACGAAUUUUUUUUUGUCUUAUUUAGAGAGGACGCAACAGCGUAAUCGCAUUAUCAUUCAUUUUUGAAUAAUUUGGGUGACGAGCAUUAUGCAUGAAAGAAUUACUCACAUUUCGAGGCACCAUUGUAGUACAGUUCAUAUUUGCGAUGUACGGGGAACUCCUCGGCCUUACAAAGCCCGUCCCCUGUCCGCCAUUUUGUCCGGCUAAUGCUCGUCCAAGUAUUUUGACCUAAAUUCUGACUUUAAUGGUGGAAUCCGACCUAAGUUAAGUCGCUUCUGGAGGAACGGAUCUCGGUCGUAGACCGAGGACUCCCUGUAUCUUGACCGAACAAUUAUUCAACCCUUUCCGGGCAAAUUUGCAGCAGGUUUAAUAUAAAUCGAAAAUUUCAAGUCCAGAGUAUCAUUUUGUGAAUGUAUCAGAUUUUUGGUCCAGAGAGAGUUCAGAUAAAUGUUAUUGAAAAAUGUCUAUAAUGUGGCUGACAAUAAUACGGGCUGUGAUAACAAAGUAAAACAAAUUUAUUUUGAUUUUACACGCAAAUGUGCUUUGCAUGAUUAAAAGCAUUUGAUAAAGAAAAAAAAAAUAAAUUGGGAAUAAAUUCCCUGGCUAGUAUUUAAUGAACACUUUGGUAGGCCGAGAGUAUUUCGAUGUUAGUCACAAGAAGAGAAAAGUAUUUUUGGAGGGCGUACUUUGUGUAAAAAAUGUUGAGAACCACUGGAUUGGAGAACAACUAUCAUAAUUUGUGGAAAAAUGUAAAGUGCUGUAUUUACAUCUCAUUCUCAGUGUUUAUUUAUGAUAUUGCGGCGUUACUAACAGAUUUUUGUCCUCCUUCCACUUUAGAUGAAUUUAUAACUUUUCCCCCCCCC